UGCCAUUCGGAAAGUGCGGACGUAAUGAGUGCGUGCGAGGCUACGGUAGCAAGAACGGUAACGGGAACGGGUACGGUUUCGCGAAUGUCUGACGCCCCCGCUUUCAGAUUCGAUGUCAUGCCAAAGAUAACGAAGCCAUCAGCGGCGCCGACGCCGCCGUCGACGCCAACGCCAACGCUGACGCGCGCAGCGAGCACGGUUGAAAUUGAAAAUAAAUGGCCGGCGGCAGAGGCGACGGCUUUCAGUUAUCAGAGAGCAGCGAAGCGUGCAGCACCGCAGAAACAACAUCGCCAACACGCCGAGGCAGAGAUAGCAGAGCCAUCGCCACAUAGCCCGAUUCCCGUCACCAGCACCACUAAUCCAUGUGAAGCUAUCACCCGGAACUCCCUGGCCCAGCGCAAGGCUCGACUGAAAGCGGAUUUCUUUGGCGGAAGCGAGUCGGAUAGCAAGGUGUUAUCACUCCAAGACCAAAAACCACAUCCAAACCAAAACCCAAACCCAAACCAUACCUGGGCAAGAGCGGAGCCACACAAGCCCGUCCAGCAGCUGAUCGAACAGUUCCAGGCCAUGAUUGUCCAACAGCAGCAGCAGCAACAGCAGGAGGCCUCCAAGGAGGCGUUGCCGGGAGCCACUGCCUCCAAUUCGGACGAGGGCUGCAAUGUCACCGGAGGUGGACUGAGUCCCUACAGCAGCGACAAUGAAGACCUCAGCGGAGGAGGUGGAAGAGGAGGUGGAACCCUAUCGCCACGUCUGCGGAAGGGCAAGGUCACCCGAUGCGCCAGCAGCGACUCUGCCCUGGGACUGGAAGUGGAUGACAGCAGCAUGGACACCAUGCCGGUGGCACCGCCGCAGAGGAGGAUGACUCUGACGGUGACCGAUCUGCCGCUGAGACCGGCGCUGCUGCCACUGGCCGAGCCCACCGCCCUGCCGGACUCCCCCCUGACCUCGCCCACCGGCGCCGCCAGCGUCGCCGUGCCCACCAAGGUGCUGCUGGAGGAACGGGUGGUGGCCGCCCCCGGUUCCCGACGCGAGUCCACCCAGAGCUCCUACAGCGAGCUGGGCGCCAGCGGAUUUCCCGUGGGCGUGCGGUACGUGCGCACCCCCUCGGUGGUGGUCAGCGACUACUCGGACGACAUCACCGCGUGCGGCAUCAGCAUGGAGGAGAUGGAGUACUUUCGCCUGCAGAGGGCGCGCUGCCAACGGCGCUGCUCCCUGGAAGCGGGACAUGGCCAUGCCGGAUCCGGAAUGGGAUCAGGAGGCGGCGGAGGGCCGCCGGGAGGCACCAAGGACGAAGGCCAGUCGGAUGUCAGUGCCGCCAGCAGUUGCAGCAACCUCUACUACUGCGGCUCCACCAUCUCCGCCCUGGAUGGGGGCGAGUGCAUCGUGAACGGCAUACGUGUGGCCCUCGCCCGGAAGGGCAGCACCCAAAGCAGCAGCCUCAGCGACGAGGAGGAGGAGGAGGAGGAGGGGGAGGCGGACGAGGAGCUGGAACUGGACGAGCAGCUGGAGCAGGAGCGGCAGCGCGAGGAGGAGGCGUACGAGCGGGGGGAGCGGGAGCGGCAGCUCAGCGAACUCCUGGCGGCCACACAGCUGGGCGAACGCCAGAGGGACCGCUCCAAGAAGGUAGGCGCUCCACUUGCCCACUCUGACGUCACAAACCAGGGAAAUCUCAAAAUAGAAUAGAAAAAAAAUCCAAAAAUAGUGCUAAUCCUGUGCUCUACGAGUACCGGGUAUCACACGCCAAGGAAGCCAAGGACCUGCCUCCUUGCCUUAAAACAUUUAAAUUAAUACUAAUUCUAAUU